UCGUGUAUACUGUAUACAGUGCAUGAUAAUGACCAUGUAUAAUAAUAUUAUGCUCUGCAUGUAUUAAUUGUACACCGGCAUUUGGCUAAUCAGCCAGCACAAAAGUGAUUUCAGAAAACCAGUUGACAAGUUAUGAAUAAACUGUUUUACAACACCAGUAAUUCUGCUUGUAAAUGCGGGGUUUUUUCCCGUGACCUUUUGGUUUUUUUUAACAAAAUUAUCCCCGGCUUGUUUACAUACUUGUGUUCUUUUUAUUUAACCAGCCAGAUUUAAUUUGCAGCAAAAUGGUUCGCCGGCAAUCUUUAAUGAACAUUCCGCCUAAAUUGAAAGAUGCCGAUGAUAUUUUAAACAUCCUGGGAGAUCCCGGCAUCUUCCAGACUAUCCAGUUCACCUUGUUGAUGUUGCAGUUUGUACCGAUUGCCAUGAAUGACCUAAUGCCUAUAUUUUACAAUAUUCGACCGCUAGGCAUUCAGAUUCCAUAUUACGGAAUAUCGGAUAUCAAUAAUAAUUCUUUCGUGACAGCUGAUGACAAUUCCUCGAUGGGGUACGUUUAUGUUAACCUGUCAGCUGCUUGCAACGCUAUUCACUCUGGAUUACCGUCUUCGAAUUUCUCCUACGUAUAUCGAAAUCGCCAGUGGUCAGUUAUCGGAGAGAUGGAUUUAUUAUGUGACAAAGCGUGGCUGGCAAAUCUAGCGACAACAGUGUAUUUUCUGGGGCAAAUCAUUGGGUCACCGAUUUUUGGAUGGACUUCCGACAAAUACGGCCGAAGAAAAACCUUGAUCCUCUCAAAUAUUGCUUAUUCUUUGCUCAGCAUUGGAGUAAUUUUUUCAAGGGAUAUCAUUUCCUUUUCAGUUUUGCGCUUCUGUGUUGGGCUGGCCAGACAGGGGAUGCACAGCGCAUUUUUCGUGCUGAUGAUGGAAUGGAUCCAGUCACACCGGCGUGGCCCGUGGGCAGCCAUCGCCCAAUUCCCUUUUUCCGCCGGUGUGCUGCUUUUAGCAUUAUUCGGAUAUCUUCUCCAGAACUGGCAUCAUAUGCAGAUCGUUCUAGCUGUUUCAAAUUUUACCGCCAUAGGAUUUUACUGGUUCGCUCCGGAAUCGUUAAAGUGGUUAAUUCUGCACCAUCGUGCGACGGAAGCCCAGGACAUCUGUAAGCAUAUCGCGCACUUUAACAACGUUCCCAUAUCCCGAAGUGACCUUAAGGACAUUGAAAUCCUAGCUAAGAAUCUACAUUCCGGUGGCCAGCCUGUGCAGUCCCAUUCUUUUAUCGAUUGCUUCCGGACGCCGUAUGUCCGCAUAUUCACCGUAUUGUGCUGUUAUAUUUGGUUCGCCACGUUCUUCACAUACUUUGCCUUUUCUUUUCUCAUGACAAACAUGGUGGGCGACGUGUAUACUAACCUGGCUAUCAGCGGGUGCUUGGAGCUCAUUCCGCGGGCAUUAGCCGUCAUUUCCGCUCAAAAGAUCACCAACCGUGCCAUGCUGGUGACGUAUUUCUUCUGGGCCGGCAUCUUCGCCCUGAUAACUGGUGCCAUACCGGCCGGCGCCAAACUGGACGCCAAUUCCAUCGCGAAAACCGCCAUGGCCCUGCUGGGACGGAUGGCCAUCGUCGGCUGUUUUCCCAUUGUCAGCGUGGUGUCCUCCGAAUUGUUCCCCACCGCCAUCAGGAACAGCGGCUUCGGAUUGUGCUCCAUUGCGAUGAAAGCCGGUGCCAUGGUGGCGCCACAACUCGCCUUACUGACCCUAAACACCUCGUUCACCGGCAUUCCCUUCUAUAUUAUCGGAGCGGUGUCCGUUCUGGGCUCGGUGAUGACCAUUAUUUUACCGGAAACGACAGAUAUGAAGCUUAUGUCGACCAUUGCCGAGGCCGAAGAAUUUGGUACACGGGAACUGAUGGCCUUCUACAAGCGGAAAAGCGUGGCCUUCUUAACGGUUAUGAAGCCAGUCAAAAAGAUGUCACUUAGGGAAAGAGCUAAAUCUAUUUUUGAGAAAAUUGAAAAAUUCUAAUGAAAACCGGCGAGCGUUUACCGGCAACAAAUCAGGAGCCAUGAAACAACUUUCUGUCAAAUGUUAUCGUUGUAAAUAUAUAGAUAUUUCGCCUGUGGGUUCAGUCCUACGAUAGGUGCAACUGCAAGGUGUAAAUGAUAACGCAGAUGCUAGCUUGUAUGUGUGUUUUAAUGUCACCUCCCGGAGGAAAUUUUAGAUUUAUUGUUAAAGUUAGUUUUUUGUCAUAACUUACGUAAAUCAUGCGUAGAACUAUUUAUGUCUACAUGAAGGAUGGCAUCCUUAAUUACGCGUGUACGUAUUCAGUAAUUCAACAGGGCCAUUGUAAUUACCGAAAAAUCACAAAAACGUCUUAACUUAUUUAAUUGUAGUACUCAAAUCAUUUUUUAAUUUUCUACAACCGUUUGUCAUGCCAUCCUGAUGCUUAAUUUCCUUUUUACAUGGACUAAUGUUUAUGCCUUUGAGAUAGUUCUGGGGUACAUAGUAUAAGUAUAAUUACUGGCUGAAAAAAAUAGACGAGUAUUUCUUCGCACUUAUGCUCGUAUAAGACAAUAUGCGCGUUAUC